GACUGCUUCAACCAAACGCGGAGCUAUUACGCGGCGAACUUGCAGAAGGGCUUCCUGACCGAUGCCAAGGAGUACCAUCCGGCCUUGCAGCAUUUCAUUCUGGUCAAUGAGCCGGACCUCAAGAUCCCGGCCGGGGCGACGAUCACUCCGGGCGGCCCGGAGGACAUGAUCAAGGCGCUCGUCAGUGCUUUGGACGGGGUCCUGGAAGCUGAGAAGGAGGCAAACGUCAGUGGGCCGCUGAUCAACUUCACGGCCACCUUCUCCUUCGCUAUCUGCGUGACCUGUCAAGAGCUGAACCACACGCCUGGUCUCGGGCAGAUGGCUGCGCUGGAGGAUGGUUUGCUGCAUCCAGAGCGCUAUGGCUACGAUCCGCGCAACAAUGUGUCGGAUGCAUAUCGCACGCGCUGGACGCACAGCUUCAACACGAACAACCCCGCGAGAGAUCUGGAGCCGCAGUUCUUCAGCAUCUACCGGGAGAGGUUCCGAGACACCCCUGUCUUCAUCGGGGAAUACCACAACACCUUCCUUGCCUACCUGCAGCCACCGCUGACACUGGCUGAGGAUCUGACGGAGGUGAUGGAUCUCGCCAACUCCACG